AUGACUUCGAAACAGAAACGAAAGAUGAAUCUUGUAAGAAAAAGAGAAUGGAAACCAGCAGGCGGAGGAUUCGAUCGGCUCCUUCGUCAGCGCAUCGAGUUGAGCGAAAAGAAACAUGCUUCUGCCGAUCAAUUGGUGGAAUAUCUUCGCUCCACCUACCGAGAGUACGAACGCCACAAGCUCCAGCCUUUCACUAAAGGGGUUCAGCAAAUACUUGAACAUAUGGAUGAUCCUAAUAAUGAAGAAUACGAUGAUGAAGGGAUCCCAUCGAGAAGAAAGAGGCCAGAGAAACAAAAUAAAAAGAGGGCUGGGAGAAUUAACGAUGAUUUUGAGAAUGAUAUUGGUUCGUCAUCCUCGUUAGCAUCGGCUACUAAUACCAGUACUUCGAAAUCUGAAUCGAACAACUCAUCAGAGGAGGAUUCUAUUUAUGAGGAUAAAUCUGAGCCCAAGUUUGAUUUGAUGAAGUCGAUGCUGCGUGAUAAUUAUAAUGAAAAAUCAAAGAAAAUGGGGAAAGUGGGAGAAAAUAAAGAGAUUUUGGAAAUGGAGGUUGUGAAUAACCAAAACAAGGAGGUAAAUUUGAUGAACAAGAGACCUAAAACUGCGGAUGACUCAAUUGAACAAGGUAGUGGUUUGACUUUUAUCAAUAACAAAAGUAAUGGCAUUCAGGACAAUAACACUAAUGGACCAUUGUUUAAGGAUUUAGGGGGGAAGAGUGAAAUAUUGGAGAAGUUGACAGAUGAGGUGAUUUUUCCAUUUUAUCACCCACAUGGGCCAUGGGAUGUUGGGGUGGAACUGAUGUUAGGGAUCUUGUUGUACGGGCCACCUGGGUGCGGGAAAACCAGGCUAGGAAAUGCCAUUGCCAAUGAGACCGUUGUUCCCUUUUAUAAGAUAUGUACAACUGAAUUGGUGUCUGGAGUUUCAGGCACAUUAGAAGAAAAUAUCAGAGAUCUAUUUACUAAGGCCCAGAGGACAGCCCCAUCCAUUGUGUUCAUAGAUGAGAUCGAUGCGAUAGCUACUAAACGAGAAAUUUCGAAUAGGGUAAUGGAGCAACGAAUAGUGACACAAUUGAUGUCAUGCAUGGAUGAGUCAUCGAGAAUUGACAAGCCCACAUCCGGAAGUGGGACCGCAGAGAGUUCGGAUUGCAGGCAUGUACUCGUUAUUGGAGCAACAAAUAGGCCUGAUGCUAUUGAUCCUGCAUUGAGGAGGCCUGGACGGUUUGACCAUGAGAUUUAUAUAGGUGUUCCAGACGAAAGUGCAAGGGUUGAUAUUUUGUCAGUCCUUACUCGAAAUCUCAAAGUAGAAGGUGCUCUGGAUCUUCUGAAGAUAGCUAAGUCCACUCCAGGAUUUGUUGGGGCUGACUUGGUAGCGCUCACUAAAAAUACUGGCAAUCUAGCCAUGAAACGGAUAAUAGACCGACGAAAGGCUGAGGUUUCUAAAGAACCUGUAGAAGGGCCUCUGUGGAAAAGGUAUGGGAGGUUCAUGAGGGUUAACGGUUGCCUUAUCCUGUGA